AGAGCAAAAAUGUCAAACCAACCCGUCGUCAGUUGUUUGCCUGUCACUGCGAACAAAAUGUCGAAAGCGAAGAAGGUGCUGGAUGAGGCGCGCGAGACCAAAAAUCGCGAAAUUGACCUGGUGGAUCGGAACAUUUCCACCUUCGAGGAGUUGCCCGGAUUGCUUAAUAUGCUGUUUGUGACCAGAAUAACGCUGAGCCACAACAAAUUGAAGACUGUUCCACCUGGCAUUGCAAAUUUAAUCAAUUUGGAAAUAUUAAACCUUUCCAAUAACGUUCUGGAGGAGCUGCCACUGUCGCUUUCGUCGAUGCCAAAGUUGCGAAUUCUAAACUGCUCGAUAAAUCGCCUGAACACACUGCCCCGUGGAUUUGGCGCAUUUCCCGUGCUAGAGGUGCUGGAUUUGUCGUACAACAAUUUGAACGAGCAGGUGCUGCCUGGAAAUUUCUUCAUGAUGGAUUCCCUACGAGCACUCUAUCUCGGUGAUAACGAGUUUGAGUACUUACCGAAGGAGGUUAAAAACUUGAAAAACCUUCAGAUUCUCGGUUUGCGGGACAAUGAUUUGCUGGAACUGCCAAGGGAAAUCGGUGAACUGACAAGGAUUCGCGAACUUCACAUACAAAACAAUCGGCUCAGUGUGCUGCCACCGGAGAUUGCCAAUCUGGACAUGCCGGGGCCAAAGUCUGUGCUAAAGAUGGAAGAAAAUCCUUGGGUGACAGCGAUUGCCGAACAGUACCUGGUUGGCAUCAGUCACGUGCUGGAGUACAUCAAGACGGAGGCGUACAGAAUUCUCUACAAUCGUCAUAUGCAAUCGGGUGGCAAAUCGGCUGGUGAACUUCCACCGAAAUCGGACAAAAGUAAAAAAGCGUCCCGGGCACGAUCAUAA